CGCGGGGCCCGCCGCCUCUCGCCCCGCUAUUCCUACCGGCGGCCGGGAGCCGGGCGCGGCGCAGCCAUGGGGACGCUGCUGGCUUUCGUGGUCGGCGCCGCGCUGGUGUCCUCGGCCUGGGGGGGCUGCGUGGAGGUGGACUCGGAGACCGAGGCCGUGUACGGGAUGACCUUCAAAAUUCUGUGCAUCUCCUGCAAGCGCCGCAGCGAGACCACGGCCGAGACCUUCACGGAGUGGACCUUCCGCCAGAAGGGCACCGAGGAGUUCGUCAAGAUCCUGCGCUAUGAGAACGAGGUGCUGCAGCUGGAGGAAGACGAGCGCUUCGAGGGCCGCGUGGUGUGGAACGGCAGCCGGGGCACCAAGGACCUGCAGGACCUGUCCAUCUUCAUCACCAAUGUCACCUACAACCACUCGGGCGACUACCAGUGCCACGUCUACCGCCUGCUCUUCUUCGAUAACUACGAGCACAACACCAGCGUCGUCAAGAAGAUCCACCUCGAGGUGGUGGACAAGGCCAACAGAGACAUGGCGUCCAUCGUGUCGGAGAUCAUGAUGUACGUGCUCAUCGUGGUGUUGACCAUCUGGCUCGUGGCGGAGAUGGUUUACUGCUACAAGAAGAUUGCGGCCGCCACGGAGGCAGCCGCGCAGGAGAACGCCUCGGAAUACUUGGCCAUCACCUCAGAAAGCAAAGAGAAUUGCACGGGCGUGCAGGUGGCCGAAUAGCCCAGGCCCCGGGGCUCCACCUACAGGAAGAGCCAGCCCUAACGCCAGCGUCCAGGCUCCGCCUACCCCCAGCGGGGGGCCGGCCACUCUCAGAGUCCUGCCCACGGAGCCGCCAGGGUGGGAGGGGGCACGGGGCUUGGCUGGCACCACUUAGCCAGCCUUUUCCCUCCAGCCCCAUGGCCCACCCGCUGCCAUGCAUGAUGGGUAAAGCAAUACUGCCGCUGCCCCCACCCCUGCUUCUGCUGCCUGUUUGGGGAGGGGGCGGUGAGGCGGGGGCAGCGGCUCCGCACCCCUCCUUGCUGAUUUGCACACACUGGCCGCUUCAGACACGCACUUCUGGGGCCAGCCGCUCCCUGCUAGGUCCCUGUCCGCGGGGAGGGGUCGUGAUGGGCUGGGACAGUUUGAGGCAGGGGGUCCCGGGACCCACCCCGACCCCCAGCGUCUCAUUUUCCCUCCCGCUUCCUCCGGCUGGACCUGGGGUCCCCUCCCUGUGAUGCACUCUCGCCCUCUCUCACCAGCCUUGGAUUGUGGCCACUUAGAAAGGGGCCCGUUCAGCCUCGUCUCUCUUUACAGGAGUAGUUUUGUUCAUUAAUAAAGAUUC